UCCUCUCCGGGUGAGGACGCACGCACGGACUUCUGGGAGGAGCUGCUUCCGUUCGCGUCACUUCCGUUGCCGGCGUCGUCCCAGCUCCCCCUUCUCCGCGGCCGGUGGCUUCGCGUGGCGGUGGGCGGGCAGGCAGGCGGGCGGCGUACCUCGUAGACGAAGCCGGCUGAGGCCUCUCCUCUCCUCACGUCUUCUUCGCUUUCUCCGGUCCGGCGCCGCCAUGGCGAUGAGACAGACCCCGCUGACGUGCUCCGGCCACACGCGGCCCGUGGUGGACCUGGCCUUCAGCGGCAUCACUCCCUAUGGCUACUUCCUCAUCAGUGCCUGCAAGGAUGGGAAGCCUAUGCUUCGCCAAGGUGACACAGGAGACUGGAUUGGAACAUUUCUGGGUCACAAAGGAGCUGUCUGGGGUGCCACUUUGAAUAAGGAUGCCACUAAAGCAGCUACAGCAGCUGCUGAUUUCACUGCCAAAGUGUGGGAUGGUGUUUCAGGAGAUGAACUGAUCACCUUGGCUCACAAGCACAUUGUCAAAUCUGUGGAUUUCACUCAGGACAGCAAUUACCUGUUGACAGCGGGACAAGAUAAAUUGUUGCGAAUCUAUGACUUAAGCAAGCCAGAGGCAGAACCUCAAAUGGUCAGUGGCCACACGUCUGGUAUUAAAAAAGCUCUGUGGACCAGUGAUGACAAACAGAUCCUUUCAGCAGAUGAUAAAACUGUCAGACUCUGGGACAGAAGUACAUAUACAGAAGUGAAGGCAAUAAAUGUUGCCAUGUCUGUGAGCAGCAUGGAGUACAUUCCAGAAGGGGAGAUACUUGUGGUCACUUAUGGAAGGACCAUCGCAUUUCAUAGUGCAGAAACCCUGGAACAGAUUAAAUCAUUUGAAGCUCCUGCAACAGUUAAUUCUGCAUCCCUUCAUCCUGAGAAAGAGUUUCUAGUUGCAGGUGGUGAAGAUUUUAAACUGUAUAAGUAUGAUUAUAAUACUGGUGAAGAAUUAGAAUCUUACAAGGGGCACUUUGGGCCCAUUCACUGUGUCAGAUUUAGCCCAGAUGGAGAAUUGUAUUCUAGUGGCUCUGAGGAUGGAACGCUACGACUGUGGCAGACAACAGUAGGGAAAACAUAUGGUCUCUGGAAAUGUGUGAUUCCUGAAGAAGAAGGUGGAGAUCUGGCUAAACCAAAGGGUAACCUUCCAGGGACUGCAGAGGAAGAACUAGACCUUGGCUCUGAAAAUUCAGACUCCAUCUACAGCACGACUCCUGAAGUUAAGGCUUGAGCGUCACGGUUGUUAAUGGCAACACAUGGACAUGAAAUCAAGAAAGCAGUGGUAUGCAGCAGCCGCCCAGGGCACCUAAGGCAAAGAUGGCAGUCAUUGAUGAGAAGGCAUUGGAACCGAUGGUCUGGAAAGAGAGCUGAGGGUACCGAGCAAGGCAAAGCAGUUACAGUUUUGGCGGUCUCCUCGCACCACUGCCUGUUGCCUGUCUGAAUGUAACAUGCCAGCAGCUGAGACCCAGUUUCUCCAACUUCGGUUAACUCAUUGUAGUGUUUAUUAUUGAGGAGAAAUGUAAUGGCUUCUAGUAGAGUGUUUUCUGAAAGUGGGAAGAGUUGGUAAGCUGGGGUUAUGUGGUAAAAUAACUGACUUGGGAUUUUUUUUUUUUUUGUUAUGCAUUGCUUCUCAACAUGUUUCCAAAUAAAACUCCUCUACCACAUCA